GCUUCCGUUCCCUUGGGCAUCUCGCAAUGUGGCGUUUCCAUCAGCACGGGAUCUGUUCAGAAAAAUGGUUCCACAGAAAUGCUGGCAGGAAAUCACCUAUGGGGCAUAUUCCGGUAUUUGGAUGGAUUGCCUUCCCUGCAUGCUCGCCGACUCUCGGACCAGAAGGUCUUCACCUUGGGUGGGAUAGGUUCCUUGGAGUACAGGAAAGUCGACGCGUGGUUGCUUGGCGACACGCUUGUGGUCGUCAACUAAGAUUAUGCUGCAUUUUGAUUUCUACACAGAGCUAGAUGAACUAGCAAGCUUGGAUGAAGAACGUCCUAUCUCCCCAACAUCUCAUACCGAAAUAGAUGUUCCCUUCUAUGAAGCCACGUUAACGUUUGCGGUCGGCCAUCCUAUCAUUUCCAUCAGGAUGGACGGAUACUUUGCAAUUUAUGGCCUUCAGUGGGAACGUUCAGAAGUUGAAGGGGCGUCUAGACCGACUGUAAUCCUAUGUCGGCGGUGGACAAUACAGACCUGCUCCGAAACAGACGGGCGCCAGGAAGCCGAUGAACAUUAUGUCACCGCCUUUUGUAUGGGUGAUGAAGGUACGUCCUUCUACCUCGAGCAUCAGAACACGACGCCAAAAUCGUCCGCUGUGCGGAUGGCUCGGUGCGAAUCGGGGUUGCAUGAGCUGGAAGGCCCCAUUUUCACUCCGCGAGGAGACUCGGUCAUCGUGCUUGAAUCGUCUGGCGGCGAUCUGUUACGGCAUAUAGAUUAUCUCUCCUACUGGCGCGGCAGCCUCGUCUUGGGCCGCAAGCUCUCCUACCUGUGGUUCCGGAUUCCAAUCUCCGAUCCGAAGAGAGGAUGUGGUCACCCUUCUAAGGUACUCGAUCCGCCAGACACCCAACAUCCACAACCUGAAGAACUUGCCAGUAAUGCUCACUUUCUCGCGGAAUGGCGUUCCAGACAUGAACCUGCCUUUCUCUCCGAAAGCGCCCGCAUCAUGUUGCCAGUCAACCCAGAUGACGUCCCCGAAGGAUAUAUAUGGGGAACCGCACUGGAGGAAUAUACGAACGAGAGGAUAGCAGUGCCCAUGGGAGACAAUUGGUAUAUGAAGUUUGGAGCAGGAAUAACCGCACCGGCUCAGCGCAUCCUCGUUUGUAAGACAGUCGAUCGGUUUUCCACCAUAUUCCGCAUCGAGUUUCACAAAAAAGCAUCAUUCUUCCGGCUGGAUAGGUAUUACGAUGACCCGGGGUUGCACGGCAACGUCGACCUGCGGUACUGGAACCAGGAAAAAUGGCAAGAUUGUAUCCGUGACACCGGCGCCGGCUCAUCCGAUCGCUCAAUUGUGGGCUUUGGAUUUUGA